GUUGUUAUUUUGAAAUUUGAAUUUCGACUAUAAAAUGGUGACAAGGUUUAUUAAUUUUAACUAAAUUUACCUUACUUUACUCGAAUUUACUUUACCUACAGGUAUAAAAUUCCAUAUAUUUAUUUUAUCUCGAAAUGGAUACCAUUAUCAACCGAGAAAUAGCAAGUGUCGACUCUAAAACAAAACAAGAUUUUAUACUCAUGGAUAUUAUUAAAGGAUUAUGCUCAGAUAAAAGUUCUCUUUCAAGUAAGAUUAUAAAAAAGGUAACAUGUAUAAUAGAAGACAAUGAAUUAGUACAUUAUGGAAGUCUUCAUAAAUUAAGUACGGCUGAUGAGAGCACAUCAACUGUUUUAGGAAUAUUGCAUCAGACAGCAUCUGAACUGUCAUUUGAUGAGCAGUCAGAAUUGAAUCAAGCUAUUAUUCAAAAAAUACAAAGCAAGUUACCGACAUUAAUAGCAGAGUUAGGACAUUUGAAACAACGUAGGGAUGUUCAAGCAAAUAAUAAAAAUCAAAUUAAGGAACUACGUGAGAGUAUAAAUAAUAAACUAAGUAUAUUAGAAGAACAGGAGAAUGAUAAGACGGAUUUGAUGAUGGACUGGAUCAACCAUAGACUGCAAGAUGUGCUGAAGUUUAGUGAAAACUCAAGUGAACUUCUAACAUUGAAAACAAAAAUUAUUGAUCUUAAAUCACAGAUUCUCAAUUUGCAAAUAUUGCAAAAUAUAUUCACAGAAACAAACCAGUCGGUUAAAGCAUAUGGUGAAAUCCACAAAGACCUCAAAGACAGUAUUGUUGAAACGGAAAAGCGAAUUAGACAAUACAAAGAUAUUGUGGAAAGUGAUAAUGACUGAAGUUUAUUUUUAAUAUAUUUUAUUUUACAGAAAUA